AUGGUCGACCAAACGCUUGCCGGCAGAAUUGCCCUUGUGUCCGGCGCCGAUUCUGGAAUCGGCGCCGCGAUCGCCUCGGAGCUGUCCGCUCGCGGAGCAAGUGUCGUUAUUAACUAUCCCUUCCCAUCAUUGCGUGCCAAGGCCGAAGCGCUGGCGCGCAAUCUACCCACACGCAGCAUCGCAGUCGAAGCCGACCUGUCCACCGUAACCGGACCACAGAACCUCGUAAACAGCGCGGUCGCCGACUACGGAAAGCUCGACAUUGUAGUCAACAACGCUGCACUGGCCAUCAAUCUACCGUUUGAGGAGCAAACGCUCGAGCACUGGGACCAGCUCGUCAAUCUCAACGGACGGGGCGUGUUUCUUCUCACGCAGGCUGCACUGAAGCACUUGACAAGGGGCUCUGGACGCAUCAUCAACAUCGUGAGUGUCUCGUCACGAGGUCCGCCGCCAAUGCAGACGCUGUAUGCUGGUACAAAAGGAAUGGUCGACUCGUUUACCAAGGUUUGGGCUAAGGAGUUGCCGCCGAAGUAUGGCUGCACUGUAAACGCUGUAUCGCCGGGCCCUACCAUGACGGAGGGUUUUCGGAAUGCGGGAGAGGAAGUGAUGAGGAUCCUUCAACCGACUAUUGAUGCAACGCCGGUGGCGAAGAGGAUGGCGGAUCCUACCGAGAUUGCGUAUGCGGUCGGGUUUCUGUGUGAAGAGAGGGCGAGAUGGGUCAACGGGGAGCACUUGUUUGUUAACGGAGGUCUUUUCAUAGACUAA